AUGGCCGACAUCAUUCAUAUCCCAACAGCUCAAUAUUUCCAGCUGGUCAACCCAACAGAUCUGGAUCUUCCACCAGACAAUGUCCUCAUACGCCCCGAAGUCCAAACAGCCCUAUACGAGCACAUGUUCGAUGAAUCCUUGACCCCACUACCACCAGCUACAUAUCGGGCUCGCAUUCUCAAAUUGCUCAUCGCCCGUAUCGAGGGUGCCGUUGCAAACCCCGAGGAAGAUGAAAUCCUCGAUGAAUUAAUGACAGCCUGGGGUGACCUCCUUACUCAACCAAAACCCAGUCCUCUUGAUGCAGCAACAGAACUCUCCCACGUUAAAUACACCGCUCCGCUCCAGCCGAAGUGUACUUCGACAGACCGGACUGUCAUCACCGUUGAAUCGCGGGGCGUGCUCCUUGCGGGCAGAACAACUGGAAACAGAACAUGGGAAGCGGCGCUUCAUCUAGGUUCGUUCCUUACGUCCCCGACCGGUCAGGCUAUCGUACAAGGGAAAAGGGUUAUCGAGCUUGGCGCAGGAACGGGGUUCCUGUCGCUGCUGUGUGCGCGACAUCUCGGUGCACAAGUCGUGGUUGCGACGGACCGGGAGCCUGUACUACUAGAGAAUAUGAAGGAGUGCGUGCGAUUGAACUCGGGGGCUGCGGGUGGUGAAAUGAUUCCUAUGUAUCCUGCUUUCUGGGAUUGGGGGACGCCUCUAGAGGGGAAAGAAGAGUUGGGUGAGGGGGGUAAGAUGAGUUUUGACAUUGCUCUUGGUGCAGAUUUGGUCUACGAUGCGGAUAUUGUUCCAUUGCUUCUAUCGACCCUUCGAGAUCUCUUUGAAAACUAUCAGGUCAAAGAGUUUAUUACUGGAGUGGCUUUGAGGAAUGAAGCUACGUUCCAGGCAUUUACAACUGGAUGUGAUUCCCAUGGUUUCAAAGUUGAGCCCUUGCCAUUCGAGUCCGCACCAGCUCAUCAACAGACUGGGUUCUUCCAUGCUACCGACAUCCCGGUUCGAACGUAUCGAGUUUUACCGGGAUGA